CGAAGCACCGUUUCUGCACUGACGUUCUUUUUCAUCGGUGCCGACCAUGAUGAUAUCGCCGUCAGAUACUUUCGGAUCUGAGCCUGACACAGCUUGAUCACUCAGUUGGUAAACUGUUGCUACGCAGAACACCAAUACAAGAGUUCGAAGGUUGCUUCAAUAUUCUCAUCGAUUGACACGAUAGCAAAACCACGAUGAAAUGCAUUGCAUUGUUUGUAGCAUUGGUGGCAGCCUUCGUCUGUGUUGGCUCCAGUGACGCCUUUCAAGUCGGAACAUCGGCCCAGAGCCAACAAGUUUCUUCCAGAGCAACGCGACCAUACGAAUCUAAAUUGUUCGCCAUCAAGAAGCAGGACGACAAGAAGAGCCCAGAAAAGAGAAAGGUGGUCGACCCAUUGGAACUGUUCGUUGCGUAUGCAACCCCGUGGCGCAACCCCAACAGCAUUUUUGUCUACAUGUUCGUGGCACUCUAUGCUCUUGGAAAGUACAGUGAGGCAAAAGCAGGAUUGUAAUCUAGCUAGUUAGUUGGUGGUUUUCAAUAGUUUUGAGGUUGGUCUUCUGCCUUGGGUCUGUUUUUAAAAGCACAGCCAGUACUAGGUACUAGCAGUAAUAGCUAGACUAGCUCGCCCUCUAGAUUC